AUGGAGGAGCAAACAGCGGCGGGUUCCGCAUCGCCAGCAACCACAACCUCUGUGGCCACAGCGGGAGCCACAACGGUUCCGUCAAUCGCACUGGCAGGAAGCACCGGCCUGCCACUACGCAAACAAGCUCCGAAUGUUAGUGGAACUGCCAGUUCGAAAAGGGGACGCUUUUUCGGGUCUGCGUUCAAUAUCACCAAUCGCUAUCGGGCCAACAGUAGCAACUUGGGAAAGGUCAGUCUGGCCAUAACCAAUCUAAAGGUGAUCAAUAACGUACCUUUGCCGCCGCCGAUCUGUGCCAUGGUCUCAUCUGAUACGCCGCCGCUGUUGAAGUAUCAACCGACCUACCAGCUGGAAUCGAAGAACCCAUUUAAUCGGGAAGCGUGCGAGGACAUCUUACGGGAAUCACUGGAUAAGUCCCUUCAGGGCGUUGAGUACAAUUCCUACUUUGCCCCGUCGCUCUGCCAGCAAAUUUGCGAGGAUGUGAAGACGAAAGUUAAGGAGCUAAACUUUGACCGAUAUAAAAUUGUCGUUACUGUUACGAUGGGUGAACGCUACAUGCAGGGAAUCAAAAUGAUGUCUGAAUGCUUGUGGGAUCCGCAACGUGAUAACUGUGCAUCUUGUAUUUAUGAUUCAUCACCUAGUCUGUUUGCUGUCGCUACGAUUUAUGCUAUCUAUUUCGAUUGAAUCCGCGGUUUGUUAUUUCUUGAGUCUAAAGCCAGUUCUGUUAACAUGAUAUUGUUGAAA